AUGUUGAGUGGAUCGCCCCGGUUGCGCGGAUUGCGAUCUUCGAUGUGGCCACCGGGCCGGCCAAUGCCACCUGGUCAUCUGCAACUACUGCUGCUGCUGCUGCUCCGAGUGAUUUUAUUCCUGGUGCUGUUGGUACCGCGAGCCGGAUGCGGCGAGUUGGGAUCACCCCAAGCCGGUUUGAUCCGGGUGGAACAUGAGCUAGGACCGGCGUUGUCCGCUUCGUCGCAGCUGUGCGGUGGAGUGACUCUUACCGCACCACACGGUGUUAUUGCGACGCCCAAUUUCCCGGCCCGGUUUCCGGUACCGAUCAGCUGCACCUGGAUCAUCGAUGCAUCGGCCAUCGUCGGGUCGAACGUGUCGAUUGUACUCUACCUAACGCAGCAGUACGUCUUGGGAGGGUUGCGUUUUACCGAGUAUAUGUACUACAGCGACGACUACAAGGUGCCAAGCAUGAACGUUUACGAGCUGAGCGAGGACGACGUGACGAGCGUACCAUGGAUCCGGUUCAGCAGCCCAUACCUGGAGGUGCGCUUCACCAUGGACAGUCUUUACGGGACACACCUGCGUGCCCUUGACCGGCUGCUCGAUGUGUACGGCUUCAACAUCACGUACGAGGUGGACACGGUCAAGCAGCACACCUGCAACGCAUUGCGCUGUCGUUUCCUUGGUAACUGCUACGCGAAGCACGAUUUCUCGUCGUACUAUUGUGAUUGUUAUCCCGGCUUCAGUGGGCUUGACUGCGGUGACGGACCGCUCUGUAAGGAUGCGAACGUCUGUGAGAACGGCGGCACAUGCAAGCACAUCGGUGACAACGCCAUCAUCUGCAUCUGCCCGGCCGGGUUUAAGGGCAAACGGUGCGAAUCCAGCGAGUACGACGAGGCCACAGGUUGCAAUCUCGACAAGGAAGGUGACGACUGCUUUCGCCAGUGUAUCUCGCCAGGUGACAGCCUCGACGUGUGCCGGUGCGACCAGAGCGUAUCGUCCUCGAAUCGUGGACGGGCCAAAUACGAGAUGACGGUUCGGUUGGCCAAUGCGUCAUACUUCGAGCUAAAUGACAACGGCGAACACCAGCUGAACGAAAACACGGCCGCGGUGCUGGAAAAACAGAUCAAUCGCUUUCUGAGGAAUUUCAAUCUAUCUAAAAUUAACGACCUAGAAGUAUUUUCCACCAGGAUAAACGCCGCGAGCCCACCCAGCGACGGUGGUGCAACAGUUGUGAAGGUCAGCCCCACGACGGCAACGGCAACACCACCGGUGACCACCGGUGAGGUAAUGUUUCAAUUUUUCGGACCCAAAAUCGACUCCAGCCGGGUGCGGGAAGCAAUGGAACGGAUGACGGAACGUGGUCGGAUCGGAAAUGUGAGCCUCGCGCCCGGUACGAAGCUUGCUUUCCGCCAGGACGUGGGCUUAAUGCUGCAGUCGGUGGUCAUCAAUCAAAAGGGCCCGAUCCGGGAGAACACCGAGUUCAUACUGUCCUGCGUGGCUCAGGGCUCAUCAACGAUGUCCUUCCGGUGGUACAAGAACGGUUACUUCGUGAACGUGACCAAAGCAACAAGGAACAUGUGGAUCCGCCUGCUGCCGCUGGACUCGAAGGAUCACUAUACGGCCCUGCUCGGCAUCAACCGGGCGAACCGGCUUGACGAAGGCAUUUACACCUGCCAGGUUUCCGACAUGGGCAUCCAACAGUGCCGAUCGGCGAAGGUGCAGAUCCUUGAGGUGCCACAGUUGCGCGUUGAUCCACCAAGCGUGACGCUGUUCCGAGGGGACUCGCUACUCAUCCGCUGUCUGUCACAGGAAGCCGACCGUCGGUACGGUACGGUUGGGUACAGCUGGACGCGAAACGGUGCCCUGUUCCAGUCGGAUCCGGCCGCUGAACUCUGGGAGGACCUUUACCCAGACGGGAGCAUCCUUAAAGUGACCAACUUGCAGAAAUCGGUCGUUUUCACGUGUAUCGUGUCCAACUCGGUGGCACCGGUGUCUCGCAGCGUACACGUCACGGUCGUGGAACCGGGCACGGUCACGCUUUGCCCACGGAGCACCGACUAUGGCGUGAACUGGCCAGCGAGUGCGAGUGGCCCAGCCGUCCUAGCCGAUUGUCCUCGACGAGGAACUGGUCUGGCGAGCCGGAUUUGUGAGCAGCGGGAUUUUGGCCGACCGGAAUGGCUGGUGCCAGAUUUUUCCGACUGUCUGCCUGAGGAGGUGAUCGAAAUCGACAACGAGUUUCGAGGGCUGACGUACGGUUACCAGAAGACCAAUGGCUCCAACGUGCUGCAGUCGUGCCUGAGGUUCGCCACGACCCACGGGGCCACGUUCCUACCGGGUGAGGGUGGUGUCCUGCUGGGUCUGCUGUACGAGGUAUUUCGCUACAUCGAGGCGACAGGAACGCGCCACGAGCAGGAAAUCGCGUCGGACAUCAUUUUACGCAUCGUUGACGUUGUCAUGCAGAACAAAGCCUCCCUCAACAGUCAACAGCAAAUCAAGCAGCUGCAGGAUCUGGUACAAGCGGCCGCCCUCAACCACGAAACGACGAUGGCUGCUCCAAUUUCGUCCUCCUCGUCAUCGGCAGCCCUCGGAUCGCCGUCCGGCGCGGGCGUGAAGCAUGCGGCCUCGACAACCGCCACCCACCAGCUGAACUCGUUCUAUCUGUACACGGAAACGGUCAAGGGCCUACCGUUCAAUCUGCAAAUUUACGGGGACCAACUGUACUCCGACCAGCUAUACAUGGAAAUGGACCGCUCAGCCUCGCUGCAGGACAUCGUGGCGAACGGGACCGUGCUGGUGACGGUGAUAUCGUACAAAAAUCUCACCAGCUUCCUGCCGCGCUUCUAUUUCGCUAAAAACAGCUUCGGAACCGACAUCGAUUACAUCCCGGCGUCUAAAAUCAUCUCGAGCUGGCUGUACUACGCGAACCGGACUGGCAGCGAAGCGAACCAACCGCUACACGUCCCACUGGAGGCCGCCCACGUGGAAAUCGUGUUCCAGCACGAAAACUCACCCACCACCGAAUGGAUUCCGCUGUGCGGCUACGACUCAAAGGCGACGUUCGAGCCAACGUGGCGGACGGAUCUGUGCAUCACCGAAAACCUGAUGGAGAACAUCACCCGCUGCAUCUGUCCGCUGUCGGGCACGUUCGUGGUGCUGCUGGCGAAGAAGAACUACAACCCAACGGUGCCGAAGACGUCCACCCGACCAAUACUGGUCGUGAUCAGCUGCGGAUGUUGCUUCCUACAGUCGUGCGUCGCGUUCGCCAUCAUGCUACCGAUCCUGUACCAGCGCCGGUGCUGUGUGACCUUUUUAAAAAUGCAAUUCUGCUCCUCCACCUCGAUGGCGAUGGCAAUUUUCAUUCUCGGCCUGCUGCAGCUGUUCCCGCCCGAAUGGUACGCCCUAGUGAUGGCGCUGCUGUCCGGCUUUCUGCUGCUGAGCACCUCAACACUUGUCGCCAUUACCGUGCUAGUGACGACGGAGCUACACGGUCCAAGUCGGAAGCUGGUCGCCGCCACCAACCUGGCCACCGGCAUCUCGGGUAGCAUCGGACUAAGCUGGUUCCUGCCGAUCCUGUGCGCUACCUCGACUCCACUCGUCUACAACGUGAUGCUGGAGUCACCAAAGCACUGGUGGCAUGAGGCCGAUUCGUUCGGAUUCAUGCUGUUCGUCGUCAUCGAGGCACUGUUUGUCGCCCUGUUUGUGCUGCUUUUCCUUACGCUCAUCAAGCGGCUGCUCUAUCUGGCACGGAAACACGACAAGCACAACACCUCCAUCCUGCGCAGGAUCCGACUGCUGUACCGAACGGGGUUGCUGUUCGUGUCGAACGUCCUCUGCCACACGUUCUACCUGGUGUACGUCAACACCGACGGUUUGACGUCGGGCGGCUAUCUCUUCAGCGGGAACAGCAUAGCACUGGGUUUUUGCAUACUGUUCAGCUUCGUGGUGAAGGCGGAACUGAAGCAGGACACAACCGAGUCGACCAGCAGCAAAUCGAGCACCAAAAACAGCCUGGACGACAACUUUUGCUCGGGAUCAAUCAAUAGUCCGUUAAGUUUUUAUACAAAUCAGGAACUAGAUAAGGAUAACGAAUGCCUACCGGGAGCCGGCAAGACAACGAAGAUUCCUCUGACAAUACUUUCCUCGCAGCAACCGCCGGGUCAACCGUCACAGCAACCCUCUCAGCAGUCGCAACAACAGCAACAGCAACAGCAGCAACAAACGGCACCUCACAUCACCACCAUCGAGCCGUGUUUACACGUCGAUCUGGAGGGCCACAGUAUGGACACGUUCCUUGGUGCCACCACGGGUGGGUUGUGCAACUACGCAACCGUGGCCGCACCAUCAUACGGUGGUACCGCGUGUUACGAUCUCGCCGGUAGCCUUUUACUUCCACCGGGUGGACCGGCCAGUGUUCCGGGCACUGCGCUUAUUACGAUCGAGACGAGUCCGGGCAUGAUGCUGACCGGUUCGGGGACCAAUGCCGGGUCAAACGCGGGCAGUGUUAGCAUCGAGUGGCAUCAGCAACAGCAGCAGCAGCAGCAGCAACAGCAGCAACAUUCGCACGCAUGUGGUCAUCGGCCGGAACCGCUACCGGCUACUGUGAGCUUCCUGCCGACGAUCCCAAGCGCGGAUGCGGGCGAUUUCGUGGGACUGGGCUCGUUGGACAUCCUGAAGGGCGUUGGGCAAGACAGCAUCCUUGGCAUACGCGGCAAAGCGCUCGAAGCACCCGACGGCAAGAAGGUAGUUACCGUAAUCGAAUCAUCCGGCCAGCUGCCACCGGCGAACUCAACGGCCACCCUGUCCCGGUUGGGGAAAGCAAUCAUGGCACCACCGUCGACGUCAACGACGACGCCACCAGCAACAACCACGACGUCGAUGCUCCCGUACUACUCCGAGCAACCUUCGACGACGGCAUCCGUGGGUUCUUCUGGGUCGGGUUGUUCCACAGGGACACCUCACCACCAAAAGCCGGUUCCCGCUGGCCAACCCGGUUCGAUGCCACCGAUCAUCACCGUCACAGCAACGGACGACCCGGGACGCAUCGAUGGCAUGCUGGAUCGCAUCUCGCACGAUCUCGACUACCUGCUGAAUCGUACCGGCGACAUCGGAACCUCAUCCGGUGCCGUUUCGUCCUCGGUGGUGCCGAUCCAGCUACGACCAACGACGGGUCCUGCGACGGGAGCAACGGCAGGCGUGCCACCACCACCACCACCACCGGGUGCGAUCAGCGCCCCACCGAUGGCACCGUGCCACAGUGUUCACGAAGUAAUUAUCGAAGAGUCUGAAGAAGUAGAUAGCUAA